CAUUAUUGAGUAGUCCCUCACUGGUUAACGUUGCAGCAAUGAGCGGGACUACAGACUGCUGCCAGGACUGUCUGCAUUACAUGUUUGAUUAUGAAACCCCAAAAACUCUGGUUAUUCCAAGCAUCCGGGUGGGAUUUAUGUUCAGGUUCACCCAGCUCCUGGUGGUGUUGUAUGUGGUGGGAUAUGUGUGUGUGGUGCAGAAAGCCUACCAGGAGACAGACUCUGUCAUCAGUAGCGUCACCACCAAAGUGAAAGGUUUUGCCUUCACCAACACAUCUGACAUGGACCCUCGGUUAUGGGAUGUGGCUGACUAUGUAAUCCCUCCUCAGGGUGCACAAUCCUUCUUUGUGUUGACGAACAUGGUCAUCACCCCAAAGCAAACUCAGUCACGUUGUCCUGAGCUUCCAAGUCCAUCCACGACUUGUGUUGAUGAUUGUGACUGUAUCGAGGGACACAAUGAUCCUCGGGGCAGUGGUAUACAAACAGGACUGUGUGUAAACUAUUCCUCAACUGCCCAGACCUGUGAAGUGCUCUCAUGGUGUCCUCUUGAAAUAGACACGAAACUGCCUGAACAUGCCCUUCUGGCUGCAGCUGAGAACUUCACUGUGUUGAUCAAAAAUAGCAUAACAUACCCGAAGUUCAAAUUUCACAGAAGAAACAUAAUGCCACAUAUCAACUCCUCGUACCUGAAGAUGUGUGAAUUCAAUCAUGCAACAGACCCUGACUGCCCCAUAUUCCGCCUCAAACACAUUGUUUCAGGGGCUGGUGAGGAGUUUCAAGACAUUGCUGUGAAGGGUGGUAUCAUUGGUAUCACCAUUGACUGGAGCUGUGACCUGGAUUGGUGGGCAGGAAAGUGUUACCCCAUGUACAGCUUCCGCAGGCUGGACGACAAACACCCUGUCAGAAAUGUGGCCCCUGGAUACAACUUCAGGUUCACCAAAUAUUUCAAAACCCCCAAUGGAGAAGAGACCAGGACCUUGAUCAAAGCAUAUGGGAUCCGGUUUGAUGUUAUCGUAUUUGGAACAGCUGGAAAAUUCAGUAUUGUACCAACUGUAGUGAAUUUGGGUGCAGGAUUGUCAUUCCUCAGUUUGGUUCCCAUAGUUUGUGACUGGUUCAUGUUGACAUGCACGAGGAAACGAGAUCUAUACAGCCGGCAUAAAAUCACAUAUCUGAGUGACAAUGCUGACACUGAAUCAAUGUCAAUGGGCACUACCUAUGGAACUCAUUAACACGGUCACAUCAACAUGGUUGCAUUUUACAUCAAAGUUAUCUGAACCUGCUGUAAAAGAAAACUUUCUUCAACAUCAUUUAAAUUGUCAAAAAAAAUGGUUAAAUGUUAAAUUAUAAAAAAUGACCUUCUACUCUGAUUCACAGAGUACAUGUACAAAGAUAGGGUUCAAACUUGUACAGAGGGGUCAAAGGACCCACAAACAAAUGCAACCGGAUCUGUUAUUGCUGUGCCAAGCCACAAAGUCGAAAUAAAUAGAAGAACAUCAUACUA